UACCAUUUGAAUCUUUGAACUGGGAGACCAGCUUGAUAAUGUGGCUAUUCAUAAGACCUGCAUUUAGAACCAGAGGGAAAGAAAAAUCUUCUUGAACAAGCUCAAUUGAGCAGUUUCAUUUAUUAUUAUUUUUUUUUUACAUUUAUUUAUUUAUACUUAUCCAGGGCGAUUUACAGAGAAUUAAUGCAUGACAAAAAUCACCGUACAAAGUAGGCAGUAUACAUUUUAUUUUGCAGUCAUGGCAGUUUUGAAUGGCAGAAGGACAUUUGCAAUCUUGUUCGUUUUAACCGUCAGCUCCGUUUUCAUAUUUUGUGAGUAUUUGAUAUAUUUUCCCGUAAUUCUCCAGUGCUCUUGGCCAGAGACAAGACAUAUGGGACGCGGGAAGAAUGUCCAGACUCUUAACGCGUUAUUCCUGUCGGAUACUCACCUCCUUGGAGCAAUCAGCGGACACUGGUUCGAUAAACUCCGAAGGGAAUGGCAGAUGGAAAGGGCCUUUCAGACAGCGCUGUGGCUGCUGCGGCCAGAAGUGGUUUUCAUUUUAGGGGACAUCUUCGAUGAGGGCAAGUGCAGCUCAGCCAAGGACUGGGAGGAUGAUGUCCGGCGCUUCCAGCAGAUUUUCCGUCACCCCAACGACACAGAGCUGGUAGUCCUCACUGGAAACCAUGACAUUGGCUUCCAUUAUGAGAUGAAUUGGGAAAAGCUGCAGCGGUUCGAGAAGGUCUUCAAUGCCAACUCUGCCAGGAUCAUCACAAAGAAAGGAGUGAAUUUUCUGCUGGUGAACAGCGUGGCAAUGGAGGGGGACGGCUGCCCAAUCUGCCACGCUGUGGAGAAUGAGCUCUUCUGGCUCUCUGAAGCACUCAACUGUUCUAUGCAGUCGGAACUGAAGAAGGAGCACUGCUGUGACACGGCACAGUUUUCCUCCACACCACCCAUUAUCCUACAGCAUUACCCUCUCUACCGCACCAGUGACUCAAACUGCACGGGGCAGGAUGCUGCGCCUGCAGGAAAGCGCCAUCUGCAGUUCACAGAGCAGUAUGACGUGCUGUCUCAGGAGGCCACUCACAAGUUACUUUGGUGGUUCCAGCCCCGCCUUAUCCUAAGUGGCCACACCCACAGCGCAUGUGAAGUCAUCCAUGGGAACAAGUACCUUGAAGUCAGCGUCCCCUCCUUCAGCUGGCGAAACAGAAAUAAUCCCAGUUUCAUUCUGGGUACGUUCUCCUCGGCCGACUUCCUCCUGUCCAAGUGCUUCCUCCCCGAAGAGAGCAGCGUCAUAGCCAUCUACUGCGCCACAGGCAUGGCUGUGCCGCUCCUGGUCCUGCUUCACUUCUACCUGUUCAAGGGUUCGCCGCAGUUCACCAGCGCACUGGUCUGACCUCCCACGCCCAGCCUCCUCCACCAGAGAGACACACGUGCUGUAUUACUGCUUUAUAGUCAUAUGUGCUUGCAGGUGGGCCAAGGAAAAUCCCACCAACAGCAGAACCCCUAUUUUGCCCUAGAACACUUAAACAGAAUGCACUUUCCUACGAUUAGUCACUCAAGAGUGGAAUUUAGAAGUAACAGUAACAUUUUCUAUGAAGCUCAUAUCUAUACUGCAAUACAAGCAUCAGUACAGUAGAUGUGCGCUUCGUUCAUGCUACCAGAAUUUCAGACUUUAAAUCUUGUUUGUCCUUGUUUGUCCCUGCUGCUAAUAGAGCUAAUAUGCUAAUAGAUAAAAUAAACUUGGUUGUGCAGCUGAUGAAGGCACCUGAAGCUCGCUAGAGCCAGUUUGUAAUGACACAAAUUCAAGAAGAAAAGUCAGGCAAUAAAGUGAACUUGAAGCAAUACAGGCUAAUGGUACACUACAUUAGGGUGAGUUUCUGUCAUUACAAUUGUAAAUUAAGCAUUGAGGAACUGUGGGUGAUUAUCCACACACAUAUGUGCUGCUAAAGGUUUUUCAUGUUCUAAAAUGUACACCAGACCAUACUUUUGAGGACCUCUGCAUAAUUUUGUGCUUACAGCUGACGUUGAGAUAAUCCUAUCUGAUUGUACUCAGCCAUUUACAAAUGCCUUUGCAACUGCGGUUUCCGUGCAAUCAAGGGAAGUAUAAAUCUCUCAUUUAUUUGCAUCAUUCUACACACGUUCAUGUAUGUGUGUGUAUGUACACAGUCACCUUCCAUAGAUAUGCAUACAUGUAGGCACACAUAUAUAACUAUGUAUAAUUGUACAUAUAUAUUUAUAUACAUAAAUUUACAUGUACAUAUAUUUAUAUAGAUGUGCGCAUAUGUACUUUCCUGCGCGUACAUAAUGCAUCUGCAAGCACGAUCAUAUUAUGUACACAUGCGCGCGCACACACACACACCCUCUUUCUUACACUUCGCAAAUG